AUGGCUGAACAAGUUGAAAUGCCGCGAGUAAAACUCGGAACCCAAGGACUCGAGGUAUCAAAGUUAGGUUAUGGUUGUAUGGGGCUUUCAGGUUCCUACAAUAAUCCUGUCCCUGACGGGGAAGGAAUUGCAAUAAUAAAAGAGGCAUUUAGUAAAGGCAUUACAUUUUUUGACACAUCCGAUAUUUAUGGUUUGAACAAUGCCAAUGAAUACUUGGUCGGAAAGGCAUUAAAGCAAUUACCUCGAGAAAAGGUUCAGUUGGCUACAAAAUUUGGCGUAUUUAAAGAAGGUGGUCCUGAAGUUAUAGUAAAAGGUUCACCUGAAUAUGCCCGUUCUUGCUGUGAGGCUAGCCUUAAGCGUCUUGAUGUGGAUUAUAUUGAUCUCUACUACAUACAUCGAAUUGAUCAGAGUGUGCCUAUUGAAGAGACAAUGGGAGAACUUAAAAAGUUAGUUGACGAAGGUAAAAUAAAAUAUAUCGGGUUAUCUGAAGCUAGCCCAGACACAAUAAGGAGGGCUCAUGCAGUUCAUCCUAUUACUGCUAUACAAAUGGAAUAUUCCCUUUGGACUCGUAACAUCGAAGAAGAAUUUAUUCCACUUUGCAGAGAACUUGGUAUCGGAAUAGUUCCAUACAGUCCAGUAGGACGAGGUUUUUUUGCUGGGAAGGCCGUAGUGGAGAGUUUGCCCCCAAAUAGCAGACUGGAACAUCACCCAAGAUUUACAAGAGAGAACUUGGAUAAGAACAAAGCUAUUUAUUUUCGUAUUGAAGCAUUAGCUAAGAAGCAUGAAUGCACUCCUGCUCAACUUGCGCUUGCAUGGGUUCUUCAUCAAGGAGAUGACAUUGUACCUAUUCCGGGUACGACUAAGAUAAAAAAUCUCCACGAGAAUAUUGGUUCUGUGAAAGUGAAACUUACAAAAGAUGAUUUAAAAGAGAUCUGUGAUGCAGUCCCUAUCAAUGAAGUUGCAGGACCAAAAGCUAACGAGUUUAUUACUCGGGUCAAUGCGAAAUUUGCCAAUACCCCACUCCCAAAACGAACUUUGCAAGAUUGA